GGAAAGGAAAAUGUGUGAUUUAUUUAUUAUAAGCAAAGGUUUUUAAUUAAUAGUGCAUUUUUGAAAGAUAUUUUUAAAGAAACAUGACUUCCUUUGAAUUUAAAUUUGAAAAAGGUAACACAAAGCCUCUAGGGAAGGUUUUUAAAAAGAAACUGGAAAAAGGAACAACAGAAGGCAAGAAAAAGAAUAUUAAGAUUCAAAAUUAUGAUAAAAAUAAUCUUAAAGAUGUAACUGGAUCCACAAAUGGUGUUAAAACGAAAAUAACUGAGAAGAAGCUAGGUUUUAUAAAAAGAAAAUCAAAAAAGGAUAAAAAUGUUCCUCAAGAUGAUAAAGGAGAUUCUGACCAGUUGAAUAAAACAAACAUACAGCAUUCUUUAUUUUCUGAGAAAUAUAAGAACCUCUAUGUUAAUACGAAUAUUAAAGGAAAAUCUGUCAUCGAAAAAGUUUUUAGUGCUGGUAAUAAAUUUAGCAGUCUUAAUAUUCAUAGACAUAUUUUAUCAAAUUUAGAGAAACAUAACUUUAAAGUAUUAACAAAUGUACAAGAAAAAGCUAUACCUGUAGUUUUAGAGGGGCAAAACGUUUUGGUAAGGUCUCAAACUGGUUCGGGAAAAACAUUGGUAUAUUCUGUUCCAUUGUUAAAUAGUUUGGUGAAUAAUACUACAAAAUUACAAAGAAAUGAUGGAGUGAAAGCAAUUAUAAUUGUACCGACUAGAGAACUAGUUCUGCAGAUAGUUGACUUGUUUAAAAAAAUAAAUACAUUUCAAUGGAUAGUAGUGGGGCACUUAUGUGGCGGUGAGAAUCGCAAAACGGAAAAGGAUAGACUAAGAAAAGGGGUCCAUAUCUUAAUUGCAACCCCUGGUAGGCUUUUAGACCACAUUUUACACACUUCAGCUUUAAAUAUAAAGAAAGUAGAUUAUUUAGUGCUCGAUGAAGCAGACCGUCUUUUAGAUAUGGGGUUCAAAAAGGACAUUGUUAGAUUGGUUGAAGAGUUAGACAAUCAACAUAAAUUCUCGUCAUACGAUCCGUUAGCUUUGCUUAGAGGUCAGAAAUCCGAAAAGAAAGAAAGUAAUGAGGAAUUGACACUGGCUAAAGAUGAUACAGAGGUUCAUUCUCGGCAAUGUAUUUUGCUUUCUGCUACUCUCUCAAAAGAAAUUGCUGAACUGGCCGAUUUCACCAUGAAGUCUCACACUUAUAUCGAUGCUCUGGAUGAGACUGAAAGGACUAAUCCAAACCAUAUGAUUAUACCAGACACAGUAAAACAAGAAUUCCUUGUUACGUUUGUGAAACACAGGCUUGUCCUGUUAUCAGCAAUGAUUGUUUCAUUUUCUAACCAGAAAGACUGUAAAGUUUUUGUUUUCAUGGCUACAAGUCAAAUGGUUGAUUUCCAUUAUGAAUUAUUCAGGAAAUAUCUGUUGAAAAUGCCAAUCAAUAAAGGGAAAAUGAAGUUUGGUGAUGUGGUGUUGUUGGAUGAUGUGGAGUUGGAUGAUAGUGAAGAUGAACAGGACGUAUUGGAUGUUGAAUUGUUUAAAUUGCACGGAUCAAUGGACCAAAAUGUUAGGAAAGAAGUAUUUAAGGGGUUUAAGAAGUCAAAGAAAGGAAUUUUAUUAUGUACGGAUGUAGCAGCCAGGGGUCUGGACGUCCCUGAAGCAGAUUGUAUCAUCCAGUACAACGGUCCUCAAACGGAAGACGACUACUUGCAUCGGGUUGGUAGAACUGGAAGGGCUGGAAAAACUGGAUCAGCUGUCAUAUUUCUGACCCACGAAGAACAAGAAUUUGUUAGUCGCUUGCAAGGGCGUAAAGUUUUUCUAAAAGAGCGAAAAUCUGACGUUAUUAUUAAAAACUUAAGUAUUUUUAUGGAAGAACCGGACAAAGAUAAGGCCGUUUUGUCUUUACAAAGAAGAUACGAAACGGCUCUUUCUAGGAAUAAGGAGCUUCACAGAAAAGCCUGUUUUGGAUACUCAUCUUGGGCUAGAUUCUACAGUUCAUACCCCAACAAGUUGAAACCAGUUUUCGACUUUAAGAAGGCUAACCUAGGACACUACGUUACUAGUUUUGGACUUAAAGAAACUCCCACCUCCGUAGCUAGGGUAGUGAAAGGACAAGUGUCCAGAACGGAACCGAAAAAACUCAACAAGAAACUUGCCAACCAUCAGGAUAAUGUAGAGUUGAAAAGACCGGCUCAGAAGAGACCAAUCAAAUCGCUGAGUUUGACCACGUCAGAGUUUUCCAGCGGUUUGGAGCCAUCGAAAAAGAAAAGGAAAAAGAACAAAGAUUUUUCCGAUCGGUAAUAUGUUAUGUAUAUACUUUAAAAUAUGUAUUAAACAUUGUUACAUCAAUAUAUUUUAAUAUAUUU